AUGGCAACCUCACGGUCGUUGACAAAUGGUGGAAUGAACGCCUCCGCUACGUGGCAUCGAGGGACGGCGCUCGAGUCUCGCCCGAAGCUGGGCACCACUUGCCGGCUCUCGUCUCGUGUCUCGUCGAACGCAAGCUGGCGUACGAAGGUGGUCCUGCUGGGACUUUUCCUCGCGAUGGCAGCUCAGCCUGUGUUGGGUAAGCUCAGCAUUGACGGCCUUCCGCUGCCAAUGGCAUUUGAUGUGUCUAACCACGCGCUGUUCCUUUUCGAGGACUGGCCAACGGUCACCCAAGGGGAGUUCGUGUUGGCGUGUAUCGGAACAUGUGUCUUUGGUUUUGUAUCCAUUAUUCUUAAAGUCAUUCGGCGAUACGUGGAACGGGACCUCGUCGCUAAAGAGGAUGCUGGAAAGACAAAGCUGCUUUUCGGCUGCUUCCCCGUGUACGCGAACAGCGUGCGUUUUGUUGUCGCGUUUGUCAGUUACACGUGGGACUACAUGCUCAUGCUCCUUGCAAUGACCUUCAACGUGGGCAUCUUUCUGAGCAUGCUCUUGGGAUUUGCACUCGGUUUCUUAUUUCUUGGAGAUUUACUGAGUAUCGAUGUGCCUCGUCCGUUCAAGGCCUGUAUGUGUGAGCAUCCGCCCACUGCUCGAUGCCAAGGCGGCAUUGCAAGUGCAGAAAUGAAGACCGCUCAACACGUCGAGAAGUUUGCGGCAUCGAAUAGCGGUGAGGGAUCCACGAGGGCGGCGAAAACCUUGGAUACUGAGCAGACUCAGGAAUCCAGUGUUCCCACAAGUCCGUAG